GUGGGCCUGGGUGGACCUGUGACGAUCGAGAUGCGAGCCACUUGUCUCGUCCUUAGGGACCUAUAAGACCGAGCUCUAUGACCCUCCAAUGGAGAAGUACCAGCCCUCCCCGCAGUGGAUCAACUUGUUCGUGUUCGUGAAGGACCCGGAGGACAAGAACCUUCUGGCUCGCCAGUACGGCCCCCAGGGCAGCUUUAGCUUCACCUCGCAGUCCCCAGGAGAGCACCAGAUCUGCAUCCACCUGGAGUCCAUCCGCUUCUCCCUCUCCAAUGAAGACAAACUGGCCGUCCACUUGGACAUGCAGCUGGGUGAACACACCAACGAUUAUGCGGAAUUUGCCACAAAGGACAAGCUAAGCCAGCUGCAUCUGCGCGUGCGGCAGCUGGUGGAACAGGUGGCACAGAUCCAGAAGGAGCAGGAGUACCAGCGGUGGCGGGAGGAGCGCUUCCGGCAGACCAGUGAGAGCACCAACCAGCGGGUGUUGUGGUGGUCCAUCCUGCAGACCCUCAUCCUCGUGGCCGUCGGCGUCUGGCAGAUGCGGCACCUCAAGAGCUUCUUUGAAGCCAAGAAGCUGGUGUAGUAGGGACCCAGAGACCUGGCUGCUGCUCGCUCCCCUUCCGAUGCCGCGGGAGGGCAGGUGGCCUGGCUGCGUCUGUCUCCUGCCUUUGCCCACUCGCUACCCUUCCACCCUCCUACCCCAUCCCUGCCCAGCUCUGUAGAGCUCCAUGGCCACGAGGGACAGAGGACAUGUUUGAUCCAGUUUCUCAGUCAGCACUGGGGAAGGGAUGGGUUUCCAGCCAGGGACACUGGGUUAGACAUAGCUGUGUGUUUCGGCUGAGCAGCAGGUAGAGAGGUUGUGUCCCUAGCCCCAGUGUUAAGCAAAGCGGGAAGAAUUGUCAUAGGAUGGAAAAGUGUGAAUAUAAAUUUUACCUUGCAGACUUGCCAGCAUAAGCUUUGAUCGCCUCAUACUGUGUAGCGCAUUGUGCCGUUGUCAUUAUACGAUCAGACAGUGCCAUCGAUGCCCUGCUGACGUUGCUGGGGGCAGAUCCCAAGGUGAAUGUGGCGAAGGGAACUUGUACCCCUGGAGGUUUGUGACAACCUAUAGAGCUUUUUCCAAAGCGGUCCAACUUGGGCUUUUUUUCGCCAA